UUUCACCUGUCUAUAUCGAUCCGGAAACUAAUAAUCAUUGAUAACGAUUACAGAAAUAUUAUUAAUUCCCUACAAACAGUACACCUCGAGAACUUACAGUAUGCGUACAUAUAUUUUGUGACCCUAACCUAUAUAUACUAAACAUGGAUAUAGAAAUUAGUGAAGUUUUCUAAUCGCGACGUGGAAAUUUUAUUUAGGGGAAGAAUAAUUUAUUUUUAGAUUAAAAAUGGAAGCUGCAGGCAAUAAAAAAAAACAACUACCAAAUCCACGAGCUAAAGCAAACAUCUUCGAAGUCUUUACAUUUAGCUGGAUUUUAAACUUCUUUAAAACGGGACAAAAGAGAAAUUUGGAGACCAAUGAUUUGUACACUCCGCUUAACGAUGACAAGUCAUCAUUAUUAGGAUUAAAAUUCGAAAAGAUAUGGAAAAUUGAAGUCGCUAAUGCAAAAAGUACAAAUCGGGAACCUAGUUUAUCAAGAGUUAUAGUACGAACGUUUUUUGGAAAUAUCUUAUUUAAUGGAUUAGUACACGUCUUCACAGAAAUGAUAUUAAGAAUGAUUCAACCUAUACUCAUUGGAAGGCUGUUAGCAUAUUUCAACCACAGUGAGUCAAAUAUCAUAAACUCAGUACAAGCAUAUAUGUACGCAUCCGGUCUAUUGUUAAAUAUGUUAGCUAUCAUAUUGUUGUAUCAUUAUUCGCAAGUGGAAAUGAUGCACCUUGGAAUGAAGAUCAGAGUUGCAUGUUGCUCAGUGAUAUAUAAAAAGGCAUUAAAAUUAAAUGGAACUUCUCUAAGUGCAACCACGGUCGGUCAAGUAGUAAAUUUGAUAUCGAAUGAUGUAAACCGGAUUGAUAUAGCAUUUAAACAUAUACACUAUUUAUGGGUCGGACCCCUUCAAAGUAUUUUGGUAACUUAUUAUUUAUGGCAAGAAAUAGGUCUAUCAUCAAUAAUUGGAAUAACUGUAUUUCUUGUGCUUGUUCCGUGGCAAGGCUGGUUGGGGAAGAAAACAUCAGACUAUCGAUUAAAAACAGCCCCUAGCACUGAUGAAAGAGUAAAACUAAUGAAUGAAAUAAUUUCAGGCAUUCAGAUUAUUAAGAUGUACACGUGGGAGAAACCCUUUGCGUUACUUGUAAAAUAUGCAAGAAAGAUUGAAAUUGAACAGAUCAAAGAAGCGUCGUGGAUUAAAGUAUUUUUGCAAUCAUUCAGAAUAUUUCAUUUUAGGUUUGCAUUGUUUAUAAGCAUUUUAUCAUAUGUCUUAUUAGGAAAUAACAUAAAUACACAACAAGUUUUCGUUAUAAUAUCAUACUAUGGUAUAUUAUUUACAAUGACAGUGUGCUUCCCUCAAGGUGUUAUAACACUAGCUGAGAUGCUGAUAUCCAAUAAACGUAUUCAGUCGUUUCUACUACAAGAUGAAAAGGAGAAACACAAUAAACCAUUAUUAUUAAAAUCAGAAACAACAUCAAAAAAUGGUAUAGAAAUGUCAAAUAUUAACAGCGACAAUAACACAGAAAACGGAACUAGUAAUGAAAAAGAUAUGGAUCAAUUGGAUAAUUUUGGAAUAGACGUUUUAAACGCUUCGGCUAAAUGGAUACUCAAUCAACCCGAAAACUCUUUAAAUAACAUUAACUUAUCUGUUAGACCAGGGCGAUUGGUUGCAAUCAUUGGGCCCGUAGGAGCCGGAAAAAGUUCAUUGAUCCAAGCGAUCUUACGAGAAUUACCACUUUGCGAAGGCAGUAUUUCCGUAUGCGGUACAUUGUCAUACGCGUCUCAAGAGCCAUGGUUGUUUAACGGUUCAAUUCAACAAAACAUACUUUUUGGUUCACCGAUGGAUUAUAAUCGUUACGAAGAAGUUAUAAAAGUAUGUGCAUUGAAAACCGAUUUUAAACAACUGCCUUAUGGUGACAGAUCUUUAGUAGGAGAAAGAGGAGUUUCGCUUAGUGGAGGUCAAAGAGCGAGAGUGAAUCUAGCGAGAGCUAUAUAUAAACAAGCCGAUAUUUAUUUGUUAGACGAUCCACUAUCCGCUGUUGAUACACACGUUGGAAAACAUAUAUUUGAAAAAUGCAUUAAGGAUUACCUGAAAAAAAAAACCUGUAUUCUCAUUACUCAUCAAAUACAAUACUUGUCGAGCGUUGACCACAUUGUUUUGAUGGAAAAUGCGAAUAUAUUAGCCGAGGGUUCGUAUCAAGAACUUCAAUCAUCUGGUUUAGACUUUACAAAAUUGUUGAAGUCAUCGGAUGAGACAGCUGAUAGUGAAAUUGAUGAUACAAAAGCAACUAUUAAUAACAGCGUGGAGCAAUUAUCAAGUUUAUCUCGUCAAGGUUCUAUUGGAAGUAUUUCAUCGUCUAUUGAUGAUGAUAAAUUAAACGAAACUCGAGCAGAACCCAUUGAGGUGGCUGAAACCCGGUCUUUUGGAAACGUUUCACGUAGUAUUUAUUUGUCUUAUAUUUCUGCCGGAGGAAAUGCUUUCACAAUAGCAUUUUUAUUAUUCAUAUGUAUAUUCACUCAAAUACUUGGUACUGGUGGAGAUUAUUGGAUAAGUUAUUGGGUUAAUCUAGAAGAUAACGUUUUUCGUAAUACAGAGAGUAAAUCUAUGAAUAUCAGUAAUUUCAUUACAGGCGCAUUAUUUGAUACACCUAUGGUAAUAUCACGAGAGUUUUGUGUUAUAAUAUACUCUAUUAUAAAUAUAGCUCUACUAGUAGUUAUUGUCAUACGAUGUGCUAUGUUUGUAUCAGUUCUAAUGAGUGCUUCUAUGAAUUUACACAACAAUAUGUUCAACGCCAUCAUCAGAGCCACAAUAUAUUUUUUCAAUACAAAUCCAUCAGGUAGAAUUCUUAACCGGUUUACAUACGAUAUUGGUGCUAUUGAUGAAGUAUUGUUAAUGCCUUUAUUGGAUUUUGUCUCUAUAGCAUUGCAACUUCUAGGAACUCUUGUGGUGGUUGGUAUAAUAAAUGUUUAUCUUCUUAUACCGACCUUCAUCAUAGGAUUGAUGUGUUAUUCUACUGUUUAUUUUUAUUUAUCAACAUCACGAAGUAUUAAACGUUUGGAAGCUGUUUCUCGUAGCCCUGUGUAUGGAUAUUUGAAUGCGUCGCUCCAAGGAAUAUCUACUAUCCGAGCAUUUCAAACUGAGGACGUUUUGAGUAAAGAAUUUGAUGAUCAUCAAGAUUUACAUUCUUCGGCUUGGUAUUUAUUUAUAUCAUCAAGUGAAGCAUUUGGAUUUUCGUUGGACAUAAUAUGCUUUAUUUAUAUAUGUAUUUUAACUUUUAGUUUCUUAAUCGUAAACAAUGGUAACUUUGUGGGAGAUGUUGGAUUGGUCUUAACUCAAGCAAUUAGUAUGACGGGUGCUCUCCAGAGAGGAAUAAGACAAUUAAUUGAAUUAGAUAACCAAAUGAUAUCUGUUGAAAGAGUAAUUGAGUAUACAAAUGUUGCACAAGAAGCUGCUCUUGAAUCUUCCCCGGAUAAAAAACCAUCAAAUGAAUGGCCGGAUAAAGGUCAAAUCGUGUUUGACAAUUUUUAUCUACGUUAUAGUUUAGAUGCAGCUCACGUUUUAAAACAUCUUAAUAUACAAAUUCAGGCAAUGGAAAAAAUUGGAAUUGUAGGUCGAACUGGUGCAGGAAAAUCGUCGUUGAUAGGAGCGUUAUUUAGAUUAGCUCUCAAUGAGGGCAAUAUCACUAUCGAUGGUAUAGAAAUUCACGAAAUUGGAUUACACGAUUUACGUUCCAAAAUUUCAAUAAUUCCUCAAGAACCAAUUUUGUUUUCGGGAUCAAUGCGAAAAAACCUAGAUCCCUUAAACGAAUACCCAGAUCAUGCCCUUUGGAAUGCUUUAGAAGAAGUGGAACUCAAAACUAUUGUAGAAGAUUUGCCCGACGGUCUGAACUCAAAAAUGUCAGAAGGCGGAUCAAAUUUCAGUGUAGGCCAAAGGCAAUUAGUGUGUUUAGCCAGAGCUAUAGUGCGUUGUAAUAAAAUCCUCGUGCUAGACGAAGCUACCGCCAAUGUCGAUUCACAGACCGAUGCUUUGAUUCAAAAAACGAUAAGAAAUAAAUUCCGGUCAUGUACAGUAUUAACGAUCGCUCAUCGUCUGAACACAGUUAUGGAUUCUGACAGAGUGCUUGUUAUGGACGCUGGAACAAUUGUCGAAUUCGACCACCCAUAUAAGUUGUUGAAAAAUAAAGAUGGAUUUUUUUACAAAAUGGUAGAACAAACGGGGUCAGAAACGUUUGAUUUUUUAUAUAAAAUUGCAGUUGAGAACUUCAUGAAUAUUGCUCAAGAAAACAACAAAUUUACCACAUGAUUAUUAAGGUUUAGGUGAUCUUAAAAGUACAUAAAUGGUUAUUAGAUAGAAUUAAUUAUUGUUUCUUAUAUUUACUCGGUAAAUUCCUUGCACUACCGACUUUAUAUUAGUUAUAAUGAAUUUUAUUAAUUUUUUAUUUACUUUAUGUCUUAAAUUUUGUUUUU